AUGUACUUGGAGAGGCGAUCCAAGCCCUCAUCCGGUGCCCCAAUAGGAACAAAGAGACGCACGGCAUCAAUGGCAGCCGCUGUUGUUAAUGGAGCUGCGGGAUCCCCUAAGGCCGCAUCUGCUCGCGCCUUGACCUUCCUCGUCAACUCUGUGCGGCUUUGCUCCAUUUGA